AUGAGAGAUCCCAACUCUGACUCGGACAAGGCACACAACGAGCAGCAGCAGCAGCCUGCUCAGCCACACAGAUUUGGCAUUCUGGACUAUGAAGCCAAUGACGAUGUCAAGAGAUGGGCUAAGAAGUGGAAGACCGAGCUGGCUUCCAUGUCGUCCAGUGUCCUCUCGACCUUCAUUGCGUUCCCUCUCGACUUCGCCAAAGUCCGCAUGCAGUCGCNNCCAUUCGAACUCAUCAAGCUCAAUGCCCAGCUUGCUGGUAAGAUGAAGAGAGAAGCGAACCCCUCCGAUCGCCCUCAGCCUAUCAGCGAUCUUCGCACUGGCGCCUUCAGGACUGCUCAACAGCUUGUCCGUGAGCGUGGUAUCCGCGGCUUGUACUGCGGUUAUCGCCUCCACCUUGUGCGCGACACCAUCGGCACCGCUAUAUACUUCGGCACCUACGAGACUGUCAAGCAGAUUCUCUCGAAUGGACGCGGAAAUGGGCCUGCCGAACCUGCUGCCGUCGCUCUUGCUGGCGCAACCUGUGGAAUCGUCAGUUGGGUACUGAUCUACCCUAUCGACGUCGUCAAGACCCAGUUCCAAAAGCGUCAGCUGGAGACAGGUCGUGCUCAAGUCUCGCGUCCUGAUAUCAAGUUCUUCCAGCCAGGCUCCUACAGAGUCAGUGUCGGACGCUCUGCUCUCAUCAACAUGAUCUUCUUCUCCUCGUUUGAGCAGAUCAAGAGACGCAUCAACAACGCAGGAGACAUAUAA